UCGCAACUAUUUCUCCCUCCCCGCCAAAAUGCCAAAAUCGCCUCCCGCAGUCCCGCGCCGCGUCCCCGCUCCCCCGCGCCGAUCCACACGGACGCGCCGGCGGCAAUGGACAUGUCGGCGAUCGCCGCGCGCCUCGGCCUCUCGGGGUCCCGCCCCGUCAUCCGCAAGGCCGGGGAGCUCCGCCGCCUCUGCGACGUCAACUUCGACUCCUCUGUCCUCGGCAUCGGGGAGGUUUGCAAGGCCAUCAUCUGCCUGGAGAUCGCCGCGUCCAAGUUCCAGGUGAUAUUUGAUCGGGCGGAGGCUGUUCGUAUGAGUGGGAUGUCCGAGAAGGCAUACAUCAGAUCAUUCAACGCACUGCAGAAUGGUCUUGGUGUCAAGACAACGUUGGAUGUUCGCGAAUUGGGCAUCCAGUUUGGCUGUGUCAGGCUGAUACCUUUCGUUCAGAAGGGAUUAUCACUUUACAAGGAGCGCUUCCUUGCUGCGUUGCCACCUUCUCGCCGGGCAAGCACUGACUUUGGUCGGCCAGUAUUUACUGCAGCCGCAUUCUAUCUAUGUGCAAAGAGGCACAAGCUCAAAGUUGACAAACUAAAGCUGAUAGAUCUAUGUGGUACAUCCAGCACUGAGUUUACAACGGUUUCAACAUCAAUGGCAGACCUAUGCUUUGAUGUUUUUGGGAUAGCCAAGGAGAAGAAGGAUCCGAAGUCCAUCAAGGGGAAUAGAGGACUGUUGGAUGUUUUGCCAAGCAAAAGGAAACAUGAGGAUGACAGUGAUUCAUCUGAUGACGAGUCCUCGGAGGAUGACCAAGAUGAACUAGAUUUACCGACUCACAAGAGGCAGAAGAAGAUGGAGAAGCAAGCAUACAAUGAGUGGAAGUCGUCAGUUCUUUCCUCCAACAAGCAAACCAAAACAGACCCUGCCAAACCCAGGAGGCAAGCUCAGCUUAACUUCAAGAAGCCCGCAGACAUCUCUGUAGAAGUACCUUCGGCAGCCAACUAGAUGAACAUGAACUCACAAGAAUGGAUAUUGGGAGGGAGAAUUUCUUCUUGAUGCAAAAAAAGACAGCUUUGUUCUGCUUCUGUUUUCAUGUGUUACCGUUGUUGGAUAACUUAGCCAUGAAAAAUAUUACCUGGAAAGAUCCUGGUGUAAAUGGCUACAUGUUCAUACACAGUAAAUGAGAAGUGUCUCGGUGACUUGACUUGGUC